ACAAAUUCAAACAGAAUCACUUCUCGUCUUUCGCUCAGUCUCAACAACUCGAAAGGUUUUCAAGCAACGCCUAUCGAAUCAAGAAUGGCAACUUCCGUCGACAGCCGUACUGCGCAGUCAGAGACCAACACUGCCGUCAUCCCACCGAUGAGCGAUUCCGAGCUAAACACUGCUAUCAAUUCGACUCUCAGAUCUCGUGGAAAAGCGUCUACUCGUACUGCAUUGAGCACUGCAACCGCUGUUGAAAAUGGACCAAGUUAUGAAAAAAUGAUUUCGGCGUUCACUUCAGUCGCUGUAUCCUACUUCGUCUUGGCUAUUUCGUUUUACAUUGAAACAACUGUCAGCUUGUUCCACCUCGCUUAUUUCUCGUACAGAAAUCCGGCAGUUUCGAAGGAUCUCAUCAAAACUGCAUUCCAUCUUUUGAAGACUUCCUACGACAACAAAUUGCUGACAUUUGCCGAAAUCAUCGAGACUACACAAAACAGUAUGAUCAAGCCAAUGGCUCAUCAGAAUAAACAACACUUUUUGGAGGAAAACCAGCGUACCGCACAGUUGCAGACGAUGAAAACAUCAACUGCUUUUUCGCGUUAAGAAGAAAGAGAACCGGACAUUGAAAUUCAGAAUGAAUAAAGAUUUAUUCUAC